CGUCACCAAAAUGCGACGGCAGAUCACAAGGGAUUUAAUGAGCUCCAGACUGAAAAUCACAAUAAAAGGAGAAGAGUAUUCUUCGCCUACAAACACAUUUUAAAUGGUGGUUCUGUAGCGCUCCAGGUGCAGCAGCAGGAUGAGGAUCCGGCUGCAGGGUUCCGACCACGCUGCCGGCCUCCUCGCUGAGCUCAACCGCUGCCGCCAAUCACGCCAGUACUGCGAUGUGUUCCUGCAGGUCGGCAACCGCACGUUCGCAGCGCACCGUGCCGUGCUGGCCUGCGCCGGGUCGUACUUCCGUAACCUGUUCACCCGGGCUCCGGCCACGUCCUCCGCCGCCUUCUCUCUGGAGUUCAUCUCCCCGGCUAACUUUGAGAGGGUGCUGACGUUCGUCUACACGGGGGAGAUCCUGACCGACCUCAUCGAUGUGGGGGUGCUGUACGAGCUGGCUGAGAGGCUGGGUGUGAACGAGCUGAUGAAGGCCUGUCACUCCACCUUCCCUGACCUGCAGGCCUCUGUGUCUGUGAAGGCAGGGAGUCCCGGGGAGCUGGACUCAGGCAUGGUCUCUGCUGCUGCUGCUGCGUCCACAGGUGUCUCGGCCUGCUCCUCCGCCGCCUCCUGCUCCUCUCUGUCCUCAUCAGCAGGUCCAUCUGCCGCCCCGACCCCCCGCGGCUGUGAUGCUCACACUGGGACUGCGUCUUUGCACCUGAAGGCAGAAGACAUGGAUUCUCAUAUCGGCUACGGGCAGAUCUCAGCGGAUCCACCGGGAGGACACAGUCUUUUAACCAGCAGCCAGUCCAGUGAAGACGUACUGCCUCCGGUGCUCCAGCUGAAGAUGGAGCAGGGGGUGGAGGAAGAGGAGGCAGAAGGCAGCUGUGAGGACGCAGGUGGACGAAGGGUUUCUGAGAGCGCAGGAAGCUCUCACAGAAACCACGCCGCGUCGUCUGACUCCUGCUCCUUCCCAGACUCCUCAGCUCAGAUCGGAGCGGAGGCCCCAUCCUCCUUGUCCUCAGGAGACCCUCUGAGAGACCCUCUGAGCGGCCUGCAGGUGGGGCCGGUGGAGGGCAGCGUGGUGGAGCUGCAGAGGGAUGGCAGGUUGAUGUUGUUUGGGGAGGUGGAGGAGGGGGAGCAGAGGGAGGCUCUGAAGGGGAGUAUGGAGGGGACAGAGGAGGAGCAGUGGAGACAGCUGGCGGGAGAGAUCAUCGAGCUGAGUGACGACGAGAACUUCAUGGAGGACGGUGAGGAGGAGGAGGAGGAAGAGGAUGAAGAUGACCUGGUGUAUGUGGAGAACGGAGAGGGCAGCCAGGUCAACGUGUUCUCCUGUAAAGCGUGUGCGGCGGCGCUCCCAGCAGACCCGGCGGCCAUCAGGAGACACGCAGAAACCCACCUGACGGAGCAGGGGCUCUGCAGGGUCUGCGGGGCCUCGUUCCCAGACCGCCACGCCGGGCUGGCCCACUCCCACUCCCACGUGGGGGUGCAGCUCUUCACCUGUGAGAUGUGCCACCUGCAGUUCUGCAGCCAGAGCAAACUGCUGCGUCACCACCGGCAGACGGCCUCCAGCUACACCAUCCCCCAGGGGGCGCUGACCAGCAGAGGGGAGGGGCCGGGCGCCGAGCUGCAGUGUGCCGUGUGCAACAAACCCCUCAGCAAGGACUUCCAGUCGGUCAGAGACCACCUGCUGAGCCACGUGUGUCCUCAGAGCCUGAGCUGUGGGGUGUGUCGCCUCCCGCAGCUCUCCCUGUGCUCGCUGCUGUGGCACGGCCUCGCCCACCUGUCGCUGCCCGUCUUCAGCUGCCCGCACUGCGCCUGCUGCUUCGUGCAGCGCUGCAUGCUGGACCGACAUAUGGCGGCGCACGCAGAGGAGGCGGCGGCGAAAGAACGAGAGCGUCUGGCGCUGAGGGCGUUCAGAGUCGGGUCGGACGGGGAUGGAGGUUCGGCAGGAGUGGAGGAGCUGCACUGCUUCCUGUGCCCGCAGUCUUUCCGCUCCACCUCAGCCUUCCAGUACCACCUCGGCUUGCACAGCACUGAGGCUCCUGGUGGAGGAGGGGGGGUACCGGGCUGGGUUGGAAAACGUAAAGCUGACCAGCCUCUGGAGUGCCUUCCCUCUUCCUCCUCUCAGCGUGAGGUUGUGAAAAUGAGCAACCUGGGUUUGGGGAUGAGCUUCAGCUUGCCAGAUAAGUUUUUUCAAGGUUCCAUCCACAGCCUGCCCUCGGGGGUCCUGACCAACGGGGGCGCGGCGCAGGACAUGGGGGUCGGGGCAGCGGGGGUCCGUGGGAAAUGGUACCGGUGUCGCUACUGUGGCAAACGCUUCGCACACUCGGGGGAAUUCACCUACCACCUCCGCAUCCACACAGGAGAGAAACCCUACCAGUGCAAAGUGUGCCUGCGCUUCUUCAGAGGCCGCUCCACCAUGAUCUGCCACCUGAAGACGCACGCCGGCGCGCUCAUGUACCGCUGCACCGUCUGCGGACUCUUCUUCUCCACGCUGAAGAUGGUGGCGUCGCACAUGGAGCUGCACAAGGACCACCUGCCUCUGGACUUCAACAUCGAGCAGACCUUCAUGUACAACGAUCACUCUAAAGAGCCGCUGCCCACUGUGGACGCCUGACGAGCUCCUCUUCGCUUCGCUGACACUUCCUGUGUGUCUGGUUGUCGUGGACCACAAACUGCUAUCAAUAGAAUAGGGCUGGAACUAUUGUAUAUUUUUAUUUAUCUUUUUUUGUUGAUGAGUAGUCUGUAAAAUGCCAAAACAAUUAUUUUAAAGCACAUUUUGAUUCUGAGAUGACAUCAAAUUGUUUGUGUAUUUUCCAAACCAAAAGAUAUUCAGUUUAUCACGAGUUUUAAGUAAAGAAAGUAGGAGAAUAUUGAACUUUUGGAUUGCUAAAUCUUAAAAAUCACACAUUACUUUUCUGUUUAUUCAUUUAUUACGUCACCUCUUUAUCAUGUUUAUACUUUAAGAGCGUAGUGGACAUAUAUAAUCUGUCGGAUGCUGUUCAUUGAGUCUGAGGUGUCUCUUUGAACUAAGAUAAAAAGCAACCACUUGAUGGCAGUGUAUCAUAUGUAUCUACUCCGAUUGACUCUGUAACUUUAUAACUUUAAUAUGAGGAUAGGUUUUUAUGUCAGUGGUUGAUAAUUACACUGUUAUUAAAGUAGCACCUCAUUGUAGCAUAUCAAUUAUUUUCCUAGAGUUGCAGUCACUAUUUGUCACAUUGAAACCACAGGUACAGCAUGACCAUCCACUUGAGUGCUUUUUAUUCGUCAUUGAAUCAUGAAACGUGUUGUUUUAUGUUGAAUAAUGUUUCCUUCUAUAUGAUUUUAGAAUGUGCAUUUUAGCCACAUGCUGUGUUCACUUGUUUAGAGCGUGUUAUAGAGAUAUUUAAAUGCCCAUCACCUUUCUGUGUGAUAUGUGUCUUACCUCAUAUUUAUGAUGGCAGUGUAACUGUUAUUUGCCUUUAUACAUAUCUGCUUUUCAAGCUAUGUUUGAAUGUUGGCCUUUUUUUAAAUAUGGAUUCUUAAAAAUAAUUAAAUGCCUUUUGGAAGACUGUUA